AUGGAUGCAGAGAUGGCUUCGUGGAAGUCCAUAGGCACCGACGUCGACGAGGUUCCCCCACCAGGGGCAAACAUCGUCGGAGGCGUGUGGAUUUUCAGGGUGAAGCGGCCGCCGGGUUCUCCGCCUGUCUUCAAGGCACGUUAUGUAUCUCGAGGCUUCAGUCAGCGGCAGGGAGUUGACUACUUUCAAACCUUCUCUCCCACCCCGAAGAUGACCACUCUUCGGGUGCUGCUGCACAUAGCCGCUCAGCGCGACUACGAGCUUCACUCUCUUGAUUUCAGCACAGCUUUCCUGCAGGGCAGCCUGCACGAGGAGAUCUGGCUGCGCCGCCCACCUGGCUUCACUAGGUCGUUUCCCCCUGCCGACCCGUCGCUGUUUCUACGCACCGACACCUCUUUGCCGCCGUUCUACAUCCUCGUGUACGUCGACGACUUGGCCUUUGCCACUGUUGACACUGCUGGACUCGCCCACGUGAAGUCCGAGCUGCAGAAGAGACACACGUGCACAGACCUGGGUGAAAUGCGCAGCUACCUUGGCUUGCAGAUCACCUGGGACAGAGCACAGCGCACCAUUACCCUGACUCAGUCACACAUGGUGCAGCAGGUCCUUCAGCGCUUCGACUUCACGUACUCCUCGCCUCAGGCCACUCCUCUGUCUACUCGCCACUCGCUCUCAGCUCUGCCUUCGGAUGAGUUCGUAGAGCCGAGUGGCCCGUACCCAGAGCUUGUUGGCUGCCUCAUGUACCUGAUGACCUGCACACUACCUGACCUUGCAUACCCUCUUAGCAUCUUGGCACGCUAUGUUGCUCCUGGGAGACACCGACCAGAGCACAUGGCUGCAGCGAAGAGGGUGUUGCGCUACGUGUGCAGUACGUCGGGCAUGGGGCUAGUGCUUGUAGGGCGACGUCGAGUGGUCCUCACAGGUCACGCUGACGCUUCUUGGGCUAACGACCAGGCUCUGCAAUGGUCGUCACAGGGUUACACCUUCAGUCCUGGCUCCGGCUCUGUUUCGUGGCGGUCUACCCGCUCGUCUUCUGUUCUCAGCUCCAGCUAUGAGGCUGAGAUCUACGCAGGGGCCAUGGCUGCACAGGAGCUACGCUGGCUCACCUACUUGCUGGCUGACCUAGGAGAGCCGCCUUGUUCUCCUCCAGUUCUGUACGUAGACAACAAGGCCAUGCUGGCCUUGUGUCGGAAGCACAGACUGGAGCACAGAACGAAGCACAUUGCUCUCCGCUACUUCUUGGCUCGUGAGCUGCAGCAGCGUGGUCAGCUCCGCCUCACCUACGUGACAUUUGAGGCCAACACUGCUGAUAUCUUCACCAAGGCCCUUCCGCCUUGUGAUCAUUAG